CUUGCUUGAAGCGCUUUAAAGUAUCGAUUAGCCGAAAUCUCUAUUUGACAGCGCGUUGUAGGCUUUUGACAACUCUUGACAUUUCAAUUUUUCGCGUCGAUUUUGCUUGUGUGCAGUUUUUAUCGCGUUCUUCAUCAAUUUUAGGUAAAAUAAUUUAUAUUAAACAAUUAUUUGUUGCUAACAACAUUAUUUUUUCAGAUACCUUGCUUUUUAUCGUUCCGGCCACCAGAUUCGUUGGUUUUCAUAAAGUUUCAUUUGCCUGUGCCACUUCCACCCGUGUUUAUUAUUAUUAUUAUUACGACGAAGCUAUGUUGUUUUUGAAAGACACGGUCACGCCCAGACAGACAACAACAAACAUCGUCUCCCAAACGCCAGAAGUUCUCGGACAAGAACCAGAUAUACUGGAUACUUCCUUUGGAUUCCAAAUAGGCGAGAGUGGGAACAUUAUAAUAGAAGAGCAAGAAACCACUGCCCCAACGCCGGCUAAGAGACAAAAGAAAAAAAACGAUGAGAACGCCGCCUUUAACGAUCUAGUCAACGAAGUAAGUCAGUUUGUGGAUAGUCAAAAAAAAACACACAACAAUUUCUUGGGUGCGAUUGGCGAAGUGUUUGAGAAGGUCCCAGAAGAGAGCCGCCUAAAUUUUCACAUGGACGUACUUCAAUACGUCUAUGCUCAAUAUAAAAAUUAUAAAAAUUGAAUUUAUUUUAACUUAAAAGACUGAAUGAAAUAUAUGUUAUGUUAACGCCAUACUUACCUUGAACAAAAAUUAAUUUAAAAACCUGAAAGAUGUGACGACAUUUAAAACAUUACCAAUAAGUGCCCUCAUACUGUGAGUUCAAAUUUU